AUGAAGACCCAGCAGCCUCUCCACGUUGCCACUCCAGUCAGACAGAGCCUUGCUCUCACCAAGGUGGCUGGAACCUCCAUCUACCUCAAGCUGGAUUCAUCCCAGCCUACAGGUUCCUUUAAGAUCAGAGGCAUCGGCCACCUCUGUAAAACAUGGGCAGAGCGAGGAUGUGAAAGAUUUGUCUGCUGCUCAGGAGGUAACGCUGGCAUGGCGGCCGCUUACUCUGCACGCCAGCUUGGGGUUCCUGCAACCAUCGUUGUCCCAAGUGUGACCCCAAACCAGACGGUGGAGAGGCUGAAGGACGAGGGGGCCAAUGUUAUCAUUCAUGGGAAGGCUCUGAAUCAAAGCAUUGAAUACGGGCAGCAGCUUGUGGCAAACAACCCAGGCUGGAUUUUCGUCUCUCCCUUUGACGACCCUCUCAUAUGGGAAGGACACACGUCUUUGGUGAAGGAGCUGGAACAUGAUCUGAAGGAGAAGCCUGGAGCCAUAGUGCUGUCGGUGGGAGGCGGAGGCUUGCUGAACGGAGUGGUGGAAGGACUCCGCCGUGCCGACUGGGCUGAUGUCCCCAUCGUAGCCAUGGAAACCAUAGGGGCACACAGCCUGAAUGCAGCCAUGAAAGCUGGAGAGCUUGUCACUUUACCUGCCAUCACAAGCAUUGCAACCACACUGGGCUUGGUGAGGGUCUCUGCUCAGACCAUGAAGCUAGUGGACGAACACACAGUUUUCUCUGAGGUGGUCACUGACCAGGAGGCUGUGAGAGCUGUUGAACGCUUUGUAGAUGAUGAAAAGAUCUUGGUGGAGCCCGCCUGCGGUGCUGCUUUGGCAGCCGUGUACGGUGACACUAUCAAAAGGCUGCAGGCUGAGGACAAGCUGCCACAGCACCUGGGUCCAGUGGUGGUGGUGGUGUGCGGCGGUAACAACAUCAGCAUGGAGCAGCUUCACAGGCUGAAGAAAAAGCUCAGCAUGAUCUAGUGUCAGUGACUACCCUGGGUCUUCCUGACCUUUGUGUUUCUGUGUGUCUCUGCCCAUUAGCCAACCUUACUCUCUAAACACAGGUAUUCAUGAGCUUCAUGGAUUCAAUCAUUCCAAAAUGAAACUCUCAUUAACACCUAAACUGACUAAAAUAGUGAGGUGGGAUUGUGAAAAUAUUUUUACUUGAAAAAGAUGCUAAUGUUUUGUUUUUGUUUUUUUACUAAUGACAGUUCAGUUUUAUAAGGU